AUGACGGCUCUCCACUACCUGUUGACAGUGGGGUUUUGUUAUCUUUUUUGCCCCCCAUCUUUCGCCUUAGCUCAUCAGUCAAAAGUUGGUGAGGACAUUCUUACAGGCGGAGUCAGUGAGCCGCUUUCCUCCAGCUCCAAUCCUCUCCUUGCUCACAUUCACAUUAGGGGAGGGUCAAGUGGUUCAUUGAAUACUAUCGAGUCACGUACUCAGCAUUCAUCGCACGUUCCCAGUCAACAGGCUUACCAAGAGAACUUACGAUCUCUAGCUGAAAAGAACAACAAAGUGGAAGGCUUCUCCGCGCUCCAGACAUCGGGCGAGUCUGAUGAAUGCUCGUGCACAUUUGCAGGGUUGUGCCUCUACAAGGGCGCCUGCUUGUGGAUUGCCGCUUCCCUCUCUCUAGGAGUGCUUGUGGCUAUAUUCCUCAUGGCCUGGGCUCUUCAGUGGAUGGUAGCAAUUCCUGCAGAAUGGGUACUGGGAAAAAAACAAUUACGUGAAGCCUUGUCAAAAGCAAAGACCUCAGAUCCGUCACCUGCUGAUUCGGCCCCCCUUCUGGGGGACAGCUGA